UACACUAAUGACUAAACUCAAUAGGAUUGUUUUUACUUUUGUCGCACUUCGACUUGAAUUUUGAGUGGGUAAAUUAUGAAUAUUUUUCCUAAAUACACAGAACAAAACUUCUUUAAUAUAAGGAUACGUAAAUAGAAAUGUAGCUAAUUAUUUCUAAAUAUUACUUCUUAACUAAUAGUUCUAUGCGUGCUAAAACUGAUAUUUUUAUUUAUCUAAGACUUAAGGGAAAAGGAUGAAGUUUUCAUUUCAACAUCGUGCUUUUUACUGCUACAUUGGGAUGAGCAUUUGGAUUUUCUUUUUGAUUACCGUUGUAUACAAAUACAUAACAGUAACUGAUGAUCCUGUAGCUGUAAAAUUAGAGCACAAUGAAUAUACAUUUAAAAUUGAUAGCAAAUAUAGAAGAAUUUUUCAUAGGGCAUGUAAUCCCCCUGAAUAUAUUGUAAGGGGUUCAGAAGGUGUAGUAGAAAGUGAUUCAUGGUUAUUACAAGGAGUUCUUGUUAUCACUAGGCAUGGGGAUAGAGGUCCUCUUACACAUCUUAAGGGAGGUGACAAGUUACCAUGUGAUAAUGUCCCUGUUUCAGCAUUGCUACGAAGUUACGAAGAGUUUGUGCUCAAUGCAAGUUCAUCAGGCCGUGCUUGGUGGGUAGCUGGUCCUGGACCCUUUCAUAACUUCCCAUCAUUACCUCGUACUGCCACAACUCACUGUGCCCUCGGACAACUGACACCUAAAGGACUCUUGCAAAUGAUUACUGUGGGUAAUAUAUUACGGGAGGCAUAUGGCGAAAAGCUUAGUUUGGACAACAUGGAGUUAUCUGGGAAGAAAGAUGCAGCGUAUAGUACGCGUUAUCGCCGCACAUUUCAGUCUCUUCAGGCGUUAUCUUGGGGAGGGACGAGGGGUGCCGCAGCAGCCCGUGAAGCCCACAGUGUCGCCUUCUGCUUUAGGCAUUGUGCCUGCAAUGCUCAUCACACGCUUGCCAAAAAAAUAAGCAUGCAAGCAAAAGCUAGACUAGAAUCUCAUCCAACAAUUAAGGAAUUAAUUAAAAAGCUAUCCAAAGUAUUGUUCGAAUCUCAAGAGUAUACAGAUGCCGAUGUCGUACGUGACGCGCUUUUAGCGUACAUGUGCCACGACGCACCGCUCCCCUGUUCACAAACAAACAAAAAACUAAAUAUUGACAAACAAAGGAAAUUUCGCUCGGCAACACUUAGGAACCUUCUAGAAGUCGACAUCGACACACUGAACAUGGAGUUGGAUUACAUUAACAAUCAACUAGACUUUAAUAACGAAAUCGGAAGGAAAGCGCGAGACAUAAUCAAACCAUUAGACAGGCACAAGCAACCCCUCGACUUUGACGCUCAAAUGGAAAGAGAAAAAUUGCUCUACUACCAACAACGCUAUCUAGAUACUGACUAUGAUGACGUGGUCAUUGUUAAAAAGAAUCUAGACGCAGAUUUCAAUUUCCCGAACGAGCAAGAUUUCGACGAGGAAUACCGAGAACCGACGGAUUCGACCGAACAAUUUUGCGUCAGAAAGGAACAUAUAAUAUCGAUUUUCGCGUAUUUGGAGUGGAGUUACCGUCAAGACGUUAAAGAUGUCAACAACAGACGAAGGAGUUUGCUAAUCGCAUAUGGUUUAAUCUAUAAUAUCGUGCAGAAUAUGAUUAGAAUGAUCUCGGAGAAUAAGCCAAAAUUUGUCGUUUACUCUGGACAUGAUAAGACACUACAAGCGCUGAUUCUCGCUUUAGGUCUCAACAACUAUCAGCAUUACAACAUACAAUACGCUAGUCGAAUGAUCUUCGAAGUGUACAGGAGGAAGGAUUUGAUGGACGAAUUUAAAUUUACUAAACGGAAAGCUGUCGCACAGGAUUUUUACUUCCGCGUGGUGUAUAACGGCGAAGAUGUUACGGAUGAGAUCGGCUUCUGCAAAAGUACAAUUGUUAUGAAGGUAGUGGACCCAGUUGAUGAUAGGAGAACGUAUAAUACAUAUCUGUGUCCAAUUGAAAGUAUUGUUAGGUUUAUACACGACGAUUAUUUCGCUGGUUUUAAUGUUAGUAAUUAUAAGGACGCGUGUGCCACGUAUGGGAAGCGUGUUUAGUGAAGCAAAGUUAAAGUAAGUCGAAUUAUAGUCAUAUGAAAAUAAACUUUCGCAUUUUAUACCUUAGGGUUUCGAAGCAUUUCAUUAUACAUAGGAACACGGAGGAAUUUUUCAAAUAGGUUAAUGUGUGUAAAAAUUUGUCGAAACUCAUUUUUGACAGCACUCAAGAAUUCGUUUAAAAUUUUACAACUAACGGUUUUAUUUUCAGUCUGUAGAAAGAGCAUAGUAGUUAGUUAUUUCUUAUAUGUAUAAAAAAUUCUCACUAAAUAGUUUAAAAUUUUAUCAUAUUUUCCACCCAACAACGACCGUCGAAUUUUCCACUAUGUGAAACCAUUUGCCCACUAGUAUUUCCGAAAUAAUAUGACUUAGGGUUAAGAAAAUGUUUCUGGCAUUGACAGUGUCCAUAGAAGGCAGUAUUACUUAAUAAUUAUAGUAACAGCGUUAUCAACACAACAAAAAAUCCGGUAUUUUUCAUAAAAGCUAAGUUGUUCCUGCACUGUAUCAACUCACUUAUCUCUUUCUGACAUAUUGUGUUUUCGCUCUUAUAAAAAGAGACAGUUACUUGUGAAAUGAGAUAUUACGAAGGGGUCGUUUUUUGAACAAUAUAGAGGGACAUUGCCAUAGCGGUCUUAAUCCGGUUUAUGCUUUUUUAAACUUCUAAAUUUUAACUAUUCCAUAUUUUUUCUUAGACUUUACCUAAAUGUACAAUUAAUGGCUAAAAAUAGUGUACAUAUCACUUAGUACUUAAUGUUAUCAAUUUAAGACUGAUUUUGUUUAACAAUUUACUAAUAAGUGUAGUUACAUUGUGAUAGUACAUAUUUAAUUUAUUUUUAUUAGCACUACAUUAAAAAUACAUAUCCUUUUUGACUCCAAUAUGUAAUGGGAAAGUGUUUGUUUUUACCUUGAUAACUUAUUUGGCGUUUAAAAUUUGAAACUAAAAAGUAUCUAACAAUAAGGAAUGAUUGACGACGCGCUUAGAAUAUAAAAUGUAAAUAGCUCUAAAUGCCAUAUAAUGUAACAUUCGUAUUGUGACAGUAACAUAAAUGUCUUCAGUACACAGUGACACAUGUAAUUGCACAAAAUGACAGUUUCCAACGAUUGUAAAGCUGUCAUUUUGACAUAAAAAUCUAUUAAUUAAUGUUGACAAGCAAGAGCCAUAGAGCAUGUCAAAAUGAUUGUGAAUAAACAAAACUGAAGAUGCUUUAAGGACCUACAGUAAUUUUAACAUCGUUUCAUUAUCGAAUAUUCCUUACAGUCAAAAUCAUUUAUUCAUAUAGGUAACACAAUGUACACUUAUGAUCGUCAAAUAUACAUUAAAUGCUUCUAAGUUUACAUUUACUGCCAGUUCUCAAAUCAAGGGCGUAGAACGGAAGAGAAGAACUGGUAAAAACUCUCCGCCACUCUUUUUAAUCGCCAAGUUUUUUUGUUUUAUACAAUGUUUGUAAAGUGCAACCAUUACACCAUGUUCCUCAUGAUAUCUUAAGUAAUUAGAAACAAAGAUGUGUCCUCUAUCAGCCAGCUAGUCAUGGUGAAAUUGGAGCACAUACAUACAUUCUCGGGGCAACAACACACUAUGUCUUAUGAUUACAUGUUAAAACUUUGAAAUCUUUUGUAUGACUUUUAGUUUCACAGUCUAAGCUGAAACAUAUGUUUGAUUAACUGUUAAAGAAAUUCAAAGUUUUUUUUUUCAAUAUUUAACAAAAAAUACUAAACAUUAGUACAAAAAAACAAUUGUCGCAUAAGUUGUGCAUGAGUUAUCUACCCUCCAUCAUUUUGUGUAAAGAACAUAUAUAUAUGAGGCGGUUUCAGGCGAUAACGAACUUUUGUUGAAAUUACUAGAUAGAUAGAGAUAGAGAUUUUGACAGAUAGUCAUACUUACCGUUAAUGGUGAGAUUCAGAAACGAGGUCUAGCGCUAAAUGUGCCAUAUGUCAAAAACGUAUCAGAUAUUCUUAGCCUCGUUUCUGAAUCGUCCAUCUCUGUCUCAGUAUCAUAUAAGAUCUCAAAGUAAAUUUACACCAUAAGAUUUGUACCAGUAUUAUAAUAGAUAUGAGGAAUUCCAUUUUAUAUUAAUGUUAUUUUAUUUAUUUAAAGGAACGAAUGAUCUCAUGAAUAAUUUCAUUUC